AUGAGUGCUGCGAGACUCGCCGGGCGAUCCGGUGUCAUUGCGCGCGUAGUGGAGACCUCCCGGAACUCGACGGGUUCUCUACUUGCGACUCGGUCUCGAGGGAUAUCUCGCAUGACCGGAUUCUCGGCGACUCGUACCCCUUUCUCAACAUCCACAUCCCUCGCCUGCGCCGGGCACCAAAGCACCACAGCCUCGCAAUCAAGCAGUGCCAAGACUCAGACUGACUCAGAUGUCGAUCGCUCAGAUCGGUAUGCCGCUGGCCUGCGCCUGAACAAGGAAUGGGCCGCCCAAACAGCCCGCGACCACCCCGAGUUGUUCCCUACCCUCGCAUCCGGUCAGAAGCCUCAGAUUCUGUGGAUCGGAUGCUCCGACUCUCGCUGCCCAGAGACCACCUUCUUGGGUCUCAGCCCUGGUGAUGUCUUCGUGCACCGCAACAUCGCCAACGUCCUCCACCCCGGUGACCUCAGCUCCUCCGCCGUUAUCGAAUACGCCGUGCAGUACCUGCGUGUGAACCACGUCGUGGUCUGCGGCCACACUGCUUGCGGUGGUGUUGCCGCCGCCAUGGGCAACAAGAACCUGGGUAUUUUGGACCCUUGGUUGUUGCCCCUCCGCCAACUGCGCGAGCGCAACCUUGAGACCCUCCAGUCGAUGACCCCCGACGAGGCUGCCAUGAAGCUGGCCGAGUUGAACGUCCGCGAGGGCUUGAACGUCGUGAAGCAGAAGGGUGUUGUGCUCAACGCCAUUCAGGAGCGCGGACUCCAGCUUCACGGCUUGAUCUAUGACGUCGGAUCGGGUGUCCUCAGUGAGUUGGACACCAAGGACUCGGAGGAGGCCAUUAGAGCUCGUCUCACAGCCUUCCGGACGGAAUAA